CACAUCAGCCAAUUGAACAUCCUCCAACUUUUAGCACUCAGCGCCUUCGAGUCGAAAACCUUCAAGUCGUAAAAUGCGUUUCUCCGCCAUCGCUUUCCUGACCGCUAUCAUGGCUGUGGCCUCCGCGGCAAGCCCCGUAGAGGCUGAAAAGCGUCAGCUUUCUGCUUGCGUCCAGCAAUGCAUGGAUGAUCUUGGCAUUUACGAUGGACAUGCCAUUUCUCAGUGCAGGAGGACCUGCGGUGAACGCCCUUGAGAGAACACUGGCAAGGAGUCCGUCCGCCAGACACGCGGAAUUUCUGAUCGUUGUACUGCGGAGGCUCGUCACUUAGUCUUCAGGGACCUGCCAUGGAUGCGA